AAGCUACUCUUCUUAACAAGCAUAAGUAACAACAGAGAGAAACAGAGAAACAGAAAGAGAGAGAAUGGCCACAGAUUUGUAUGAUCCUGUUGAAGAAGACUACAUUGACAUGGAAAUCAGCUCAAACUUCAUCUUCUCUCCACCACAUACAAGAGAAUUUGAAUUCCAGAUGUUUCCAACCUCUUCAGAAAAGGAAACCACCUCUUCUCCAGCCGAUGAACUCUUUUACAAAGGAAAGCUUCUUCCUCUUCAUUUCCCUCCACCCUUACAAAUGGAGAAACUGCUUCAAAACUCGAAGCCUUAUUAUGGCUAUGACGAAUUCUUCAGUACUCCUCCAUCCACCACCACAAACACAACUCCAGUAGCCAAUAAUACACCAUUCCAUUCAUGCAAUAUCUCCCCAGCUGAAUCUUGUCAGAUUAGCAGAGAAUUAAAUCCAGAAGAGUACUCCCUUGAUUAUUACUACUCCAAUGAAAAAAACUGCUCAAAUGGUGGUGAUGAUGAUAACCCGAAGAAAUCAUGGACAAAAAAGCUCAAGUCGAUCAAGCAGUCUUCACUGGGUUCGAAACUGAAAGCCUCUGGAGCCUAUAUUAAAUCUUUGUUCAGCAAAUCUGGCUGUUCAGAUGAGUCAUGCACAUCAGCUCCAAGAAUCACAGGCGAAAGAUCAAUGUCAAUGAAUAAGAGUUAUUUAAAAAAUCCUUUUGCUCACGGUCAGCAUCAUAGAAGCAAAACAUCAACAAAAAAAGAGAGCAGAGAAGGAUAUCAUAGGAGAUCAUUCUCGGUGGCAUUUAAACAGCUAUCAACAACCAAGUCUUUCUCUUCCACAACUUCUUCUUCUUCAAGCUCAAGCAAUUCAAACGAGUUUCAAGAACUGUCUUAUCUCAGGAAAAGCAGAAGUGGCCGCUCUGAUAUUGAAAAUUCGAUUCAGGGUGCAAUUGCAUAUUGUAAAACAUCGCAGCAGAAGAACAAUCUGAGAAAAGGAAUGAGUGAAGUUGGUUUGUGUUCAUUGUCAGCUGCCAGUAUCGUUUCUGAGCAUCAAGAAAGAGAACGUCUUUGCAGAGCUUGAGAUGACAUUGAGAAGAGACAGAGAGAGAGAAAAAAAAGUAAAAGUACACAAGUACAAAUCUGGAUUGGCUGUUGAUUGUGUAAACCUUCUUUUUUUGUGUAAUUGCAAUCCUUUGAUUUUGGUACAACUUUCAGAAAUACCAUGUCUGUCCUUAAUUCAAUGGCAAUUUAUCAAUCAUUUGAAAAUGCAAUUGGAUAUUAUCCUUACA